UUCCCCGUCGACUGGUACCGUGCCAUUUGCUUUGGUCUCCUCCUCCGCCUCCGCUAGGGUUUUGGAUCGUGGGAGAGGCGAGCGGGGAGCUGCGCGCGGGCGAUGGCGCUCACCAACUUCAUCCUCACGGUGGUGGGGGUGGGCGCGGCGGUGAUGCUGCUGCGGAAAGACGUCAAGCAGUCGGCCACCAUGUUCCGCCGCAACGUGCGCCACAUCCGCAACUGGCUCGAGGAGGAGUCCGCCGCCGCCGUCAAAUCUACUGAGCAAUCUUCAGUAAAGGAAUUGGAGUCGCAAGCUGUCAAGAAAGAUGCUGCACCCAAGGAGGACAAGCAUUAGAUGAUCUUACACUCUUUUACGUAUAAUGCAACUGGCAGUGUGAGUCCCAUGAUUUUGAACUAGUCAUUGUAAAAAGAAUGUUCUUUAGGAUUUUAUUUGCGAUAGCUAAUUUACUCAAUAAUGGAGGAUACGUGAGGUUUGGGAUUCUGAAAUGGUAUUGCAAAAAAAGGGACCUUUAAUAUCAAUGAGAUGUCUACUAAAUGAUGGUGGAUACCUGACACCCUGUCUAGUGUCAUAUUUCUGUAGUUUUUUUAAGUAUUUCUGUAGUUGGGAUUAAUCCAAUCCAAUCCAAUCCUUACGAAUGAAAAGGUGGAUUUGUGUACUAUCCUCACUCUUUAUUAAUUUGACAACUCAUUAUACAUGUAACUUGAUAUGAAUCCCCAUUGCAUUUCUUAGGUCAA